CAACUCACAUUGAGGCCGAACUAAACUCUUGCGUCAGCCAAUCACUCUAGACGGGCUGUAGGAAAUAUAUUCACCGGUUUAUUUCCCCAGAGUAGACAGUCUGUACUCGAAGAACGAACUACUUCAACAACCCAAGAAAACUUUGGGGCAUGAUGAAUCUGAAGUUUUGAGCUCAUGACAGAAAUUACACUAAGGGAAUAAACACGAUGAACUGAGGACAAUUUGGAAUCAAAUAAUUACGCUGAAAAUAAAGAAGAAUAACAAAGAAGAUACUAUUGUUUACUAUUGUAUUAUUAUCCUCUUAAAAAUGAGACACCUCGUCUGAGUAAAAGAAAUUGACGCGGAAGUUACCCAAACUAUAUUCUCGACAUUUCAAGAUUGCCAGCAAUAAUAUCGACAAGCCAUACUGGGGCAAUGGAUUCAGGCAGCAAGCAAGUGACCUUCCAGUUGAUGCUGACGGUGGGAACAGCAGUGAUUGGCUCACUGCAGUUUGGUUACAACACGGGUGUCAUCAACGCCCCUCAGAAGGUUAUUGAGAGGUUCCUCAACGAAACAUGGUUCGACCGGUACCAGGAGCCCAUCACCAAGACCUCCCUCACCACCCUGUGGUCCAUCUCCGUCGCCAUCUUCUCUGUCGGCGGCAUCUUCGGCUCCUUCUCCGUGGGCCUGUUCGUUAACCGCUUUGGCAGGAGGAACUCCAUGCUCAUGGCCAACGUGCUGGCCUUUGUCUCCGCUGCUCUCAUGGGCUUCUCUAAGAUGGGUGGCUCAUGGGAGAUGCUGAUCAUCGGGCGCUUCGUGGUGGGCCUCUACUCCGGCCUCUCCACUGGCUUUGUGCCGAUGUACGUGGGUGAGGUGGCCCCCACUGCCCUCCGAGGAGCCCUGGGCACCCUCCACCAGCUAGGCAUCGUCACAGGCAUCCUGAUGGCACAGGUGUUUGGCAUGGAGGCCUUAAUGGGGAACGCAUCUCUGUGGCCCUUCCUGCUGGGCUUCACUUUCAUCCCAGCCCUAGUGCAGUGUGCACUGCUGCCCUUCUGCCCCGAGAGCCCCCGCUUCCUCCUCAUCAACCGUAACGAGGAGAACAAGGCCAAGACUGUCCUGAAGAAGCUGCGUGGGACCACAGACGUGAGUGCAGACAUGCAGGAGAUGAAGGAGGAGGCCAGGCAGAUGAUGAGGGAGAAGAAGGUGACCAUCCUAGAGCUGUUCCGUUCGCCACUCUACCGCCAGCCCAUCUUCAUCGCUAUCAUGCUUCAGCUCUCCCAGCAGCUGUCUGGCAUUAACGCUGUCUUCUACUACUCUACCCGUAUCUUUGAGAAGGCCGGAGUUGCUCAGCCUGUUUAUGCUACAAUUGGUGCCGGUGUGGUCAACACAGCCUUCACUGUGGUGUCGUUGUUUGUGGUGGAGCGCGCCGGACGCAGGUCUCUCCACUUGCUGGGGCUGAUAGGAAUGGCAGGCGCUGCCGUUCUGAUGACCGUCGCUCUGGCUCUGCUGGAACAGCUGCCGUGGAUGUCCUACGUGAGCAUCGUGGCCAUCUUUGCCUUUGUGGCAUUCUUUGAGAUUGGCCCGGGUCCCAUCCCCUGGUUCAUCGUGGCUGAGCUGUUCUCCCAAGGACCCCGGCCCUCGGCCUUCGCUGUGGCUGGCUUCUCUAACUGGACCGCCAACUUCAUAGUGGGCAUGGCCUUCCAGUAUGUAGAGGAGUUGUGUGGCCCUUAUGUCUUUGUCAUCUUCACUAUACUGCUGCUCAGCUUCUUCAUCUUCACCUACUUCAAGGUGCCUGAGACCAAGGGCCGGACAUUUGACGAGAUCUCUGCCGGGUUCCGCCAGUCGGCUGGCACUGGGGGAGAGAAGCACUCACCGGAGGAGCUCAACAGCCUGGGGGCUGACUCUCAGCUCUGAGCACCUGUUCCUCCCCUCUCCUCUCGUCCCACACCCCCUGCUGAGGCCUGGCUAUGAACCCUCCUUCACCACCCCAACAUGAGGGGACCAGAGUGGCCCACUCAAUGAUUUGUGCAAACUGACUACUAAACUGACACACUGGCUGCCAUCACAUUUUAGGUAUGUUCACCAAACAGAGAACAGAUGCCCCUCACCUCCUGCUCGAUCCUCUGUCUCAAAGUCUCAAGCGCUCCUUCUCUUCUCAUCACAACAAAAACUUGGUGGGGGCAGGAACCUGGGUGUAAGGGGGUGGGUUGGCAUGGUAGAUAGAAGGAAAAGGUGGUCUUUUCAAUUAACUUCAAAUUUUAUAUCAGAAAACAGUAAAAUCCUGUGUUACUUUUACUUUAUUUUUCUUCCUUUGUCUGUUACUUUUCUCAUUUUGUUGGUUUAGAUAUCCAUGCUUCUGCCUCUUAUGCAGGUCUCAAUUAUUUUCAUUGAAUACCCUCAAGAAAUUGCAUGCCAUGUAAAUAUGUUUUUACCAACUCACUUUUAAUCUCUGUCCGGAUAGGCUUUUAAUUAUUUUUUACAAAUGAAUUUCUUAAGGAAAAAUAAAGAAAAUCAAAAAGAUAAUUUUGUAUGUUUAUGUCUUAGUUAAAAGACACAGUUACAAAUGAGCCAGCUGUUAUAAGUUACUGUAUGCAUACAUUUUAUAUUUAAUUCCCAAGCAAUACCCAUGAGCAUUAAUUUUACACUAUGAAAUCAUGGGACUAUUUGAGACAUUUCUACUCUUUUUUGUAUAGCAAACUAUACUCAGUUGAAAAGCAACAUCAGCCCAUUUCACUGCAGACUAAUAUAGAUGUAAAAUAUACCCAAAUCUGACUUACAACCCCCCCACCUCUAAAACGUAACUGAAGUCCCUCACAACUUUGAGUUUAAACGCCUGGUCCGAAAUCAUACAAGGAAUACACUCCCAGUAGAGCCUUCUAGCAGUUCACAAGACUGUACGUUGUUCUCUGAUCUUGUGCCUUUGACAGAAAAGGAGGAUGCCUUUCAAACAGUAACCAAAUGUAAUGUGGCUUCCAGCCUUACCAAGGUCUGCUUCAUCCUGAAAGUGCUUUUAGACCCUUCGGGGUCAAACUCCCAGCUAAUGCUCCAUGUUCCUUGAAAAGUGGUGACUUUCUUUUUGGGUGCUUUUCAUUAUUGUAACUCCACAAUGCCUUUGGUAUAGUUCAGCACUGCUGCUUCCUUGUUCAACUUAGUUUUGUGACGCAUAGCUGACAAUCCAGUAGUCAGCUGAUAUAGCCAACAGCAUCUAUUGAUGUAAGCGGCUCCUGUCUUUGACUGCUGUGCCACUGUAAGAAGUUUUCUAUUCUCGAAUAAAACGUUUUUGAGGAAAGUUUUCUUUUUAGCAGCACUUUAUCAUCCCAAUAUUGGCUGUUUUGUUACUGAAAAUCUUCCGUAAUUGUAGUUGGAGCUUGGCUCAAAAUGUUUUUACCAAAUAUGGAACCUUAUGUUACUGAUAAGAGACUGAAGAGCUACUGUUGGAUUACAUGAUAUCAUUGUUGUUGUUUAACUAGUACAUCUCUACAUUCACAGAUCUAUGUUAUUUGAGGUCAUAAGGUUGGUAGAAAAUGUUUUAGAAUCAAAUAUAAGCUAAUCUGGCCAGUUGAAUACGUUUUGGAAGUGGUCUAAAUAGUUUUAGUAAUGCACCUUUACCCGAACAGAACUCCACAAGCAAUAUCCAUUGUAGUCAUUCCAUGUCGAGUUUGUGUGUUCAAAUCCAUGCAAAUAUAUAGUUUGUGUCUUUUGAAAUUAUAUGGGACUCUUUCUCUUCUCCACCAACAAUGUGUCGGUUAGACACCGCAAACUCAUUGACUGUAAGUCUCCCUAAGUCAUCAAAUGUCAGGAUCAAUGUAGGCACCAAGACUUGACUGUCCUUUAGAUAUGCCUGAUUGAACUCCAACCUUGUGAUGGAGAGCAAAAGAUGCACUUACGGACUGAAAUCAAAUGCAGUGUACUUUGAGUGUAUAGUUUGACAAUUAUAUUUGGGCAUUUUAUAAACACAUUUAUUAACACAGAAUAUAUGCAUAAAAGAGUUGUAGAAAUCCAUCUCUGCACAGAAUAAUUGUCUAAAAAGGCCACAAUACUUAUAAUGUAAAUACAACAAAUAGUAAAGGACCCAAAUGUAUAAAGUAUGUUAUGUUAGUUACUACUUAUAGAGGAAUAUGACUAGUUUCGGUAGUUGUGCAUCUACACACCUGCCUUUAUUUUGUCUGAUUUCCUGUCUGAAGAAAUAUUGUAUGAGAUAACUAUUAACACAAUCUUACUUCAGCUUUGUACAUGAACCAUUGAAUGAUAUAUACUAUUUAUUAGAUGCCUAAUUUAUUAGUAUUGUUUUUAUUUUCUACACAUUUUAGUAAACAGUAUGCAUUUAAUUUUUGUAAAAGCGCAUGUUUAUAUGUUGGGUGAAAAUGAACCUCUAACAGAAUGACCUUCUGUAAAACAGUGUGCCAUGGUGUCAAUGUCCUGAUGGUUUUAUUUUCUUUUGUAAGAUGUGUGGUUGGAUGUUUGACUCAAUAAAACAAACAUACAGGAAAAUGUCAA